UCGCGCGCAUGAUCAGCCGGUUAAUAAGAGGCCGGUUUGGAAGUUUGAACAGACGCGGAGAUGCUGUCGGUGUGACGCGGAGCGGCGCCUGAAAAAACCGGUAAAACCCAAAUAAAGCGGUCAGAGUGUCGCUCCGGUGGUCUGAGACGGUAACCCGGAUCAUGGUUCAGCAGACGGAGCACGGCGGGGCGAGGAGCCACGGCGGGUCCCGGGACCCGGAGGAGGGCGAGCUGCUGGCGGCCUCGGUGCCGCAGAAGGCGGACUGGUGUAAGACCGCAUCCGGGCACAUCAAGAGGCCGAUGAACGCCUUCAUGGUCUGGUCGAAGAUCGAGCGGCGGAAGAUCAUGGAGCAGGCUCCGGACAUGCACAACGCCGAGAUCUCCAAGCGGCUCGGGAAGCGCUGGAAGAUGUUAAAAGACACCGAGAAGAUCCCGUUCAUCCGGGAGGCGGAGCGGCUCCGGCUCAAGCACAUGGCGGACUACCCGGACUACAAGUACCGGCCCAAGAAGAAGCCCAAGACGGACGGCUGCGCGUUUCCUGCGGGGAAACCGGCGGCUCAGUCCCCGGAGAAAGUCUCUGUCAGACCGGGGAAUAAAAACCUGUCCUCGUCCGGGACCGGAACCAAGAAACUGUCCAAGCUGAAGCCGAGCAAUGCGGCGGGGUGUCCGGGCCGAGCGGCCGGCCAGCUCCCGCCGGACCCCCGGUAUCGGUACCUGCUCAGCUCCGGCUUCAAAACCGACAAGUUCGUGAAACGGGACUUCACCGACGACGAGGACGACGAUGAAGAUGAGGAAGACUCCGAGGAGGAGUUCAAAGCGGAGGAGGAGGAGGAGGAGGAGCCGGCCCGGUUCGGCCUGAGCUCCGCCGCCCUGGACCCGGAGGGGACCGGCGCGUACGGGUCCUCCGGGCGGCUCUUCUACAGCUUCAAGAACAUCACCCGGCAGGGCACCGGCGCCCACCCGGCCUCCCUGUCCCCCGCGUCCUCGCCCCGGUCCGGCUCCUCCUCCUCCUGCGGGGAGGACCUGGACGAGCUCCCCGCCGAGGGCACCGACUUCACCCUGAGCCUCCUGGCCGGCCUCCACGCCUCCUCCGAGCCGUGGAGCUCGUCGUCCGGUUCGGCCCCGGGGAACCUGAGCCUGUCGCUGGUGGACAAAGACCUGGACUCGUGCGGGGAGGGCAGCCGCGGAUCCCACUUCGACUUCCCGGAUUACUGCACCCCGGAGCUCAGCGAGAUGAUCGCCGGGAACUGGCUGGAGGCCAACUUCUCGGACCUGGUCUUCACCUACUGAUCCCACCGAGGGCUGGCCCGGCCCGGCCCCGGGAAGCCGGUAUGAGCCGGUUCUGGAGCUCCAGAGCCGGUCAGGCAGCGGGGUGUCCGUCUGCUGCUGCCCGGGCUCAGUGCGCGGGGAGCGGCUGUGAUUUUGGGGAGACCCGGACCCGGACACACACUGUGGUACUUCAGCAAAAAAUGAAUUCAACUAAAUCACCUCAGCAGGUUUUAUGGAUUUUCUGUUCAGCACCGAGAAAUCUGACAAGCUGAUCUUACUCCUAAAAAUAAAGUAAAAACUAGAUUACCGACGCCGUGAAAAGGGUGAGCAAAUAUUAAUACUCAUAAGUCGUGUUUACUUUCUAUUUCCGAGAUUUAUCUAAAUUUAUUUGUAUUUACUUAAUUUGCUGAGAAGUCAACUUAAUAAUGAUGAGUGAAAUUAACUUGCUUUUCUAAGUUGCUGUGACUUGACUGAAUAGUCGAGUUUACUUCAGUAAAGAAACUGAUUGAAUUUGAUAAAGUAAGAAAAACAAAGAUGAAAUCAUUAUCAGGAUUAUAUCACAGAAACAGACUCUGUCUUUUUUCUUUGACUCCAUGUUUCGCCGUUUAAUAAAUAUUAAUAUGAGCCAUCUUUCAAAAUAAAGGAAACAGUCAUCAGACUUGCAUAUUAAACACACUGUAGGUGUUAACACGGGGUUAAAUAUCUGCCCAGUCUGAGUGACCAGAUCUACUUCAAAUCCUGAGCGGCUUCGCUUAGAAAUGAUCAUUUAAUUUCACUCGUCAUUUUUAAGUUGCAACAACUUUGCUGAAUUAAUUAAAUACAACCAAAAUUUCAGAGAACUUCAAAGUUUGCUGUGAAAUCGGUUAAAAGUCGUAGUUAAAUGAACUUACUCUCGUGGGGGUGAUCGAUUUGAUCGAAUUUUAGAAAGACGUAACUUCAGCUUGUUGAGUUUUCGGUGUCGCUCGAGUCUGAAAAAUGAUCUGAAUAUGCAUCCCGUCCAGAAAUGACUCUAACGAAAUUUAACGAACACUAAAUAUCAGGAUGCGAAUCUCUGUUUGUUUACGGACUGCACGACUCUUUUAUCUGAGUUUUUCCUCCGUUUUUUAUUUGGUAUUUUGGGUUUUUCUCCAGGUUGCGGGGAAACGUUUAAAAACCCAAAAACUUGGAAUGUCAGGAAGCAUUUUUUGAUAUUUACAUAACCAAACAUACCUCAUCUUUUUUUAAAAUAUCAAAAAGUAAAAGUAUUUUCAGGCAUAUUUUUGUACCGUCAAAGGGAACGACCGCAGGAUUUCAGGCACUUCUUCUUCUUCUUCUUCUUCUUCUUCUUCUUCAGACUGAUGAAUAUGAUUGUUUGUUUCUGAGCGCGUCGGUUCAGAUCCGGCCGACCUGCCUUGCUUUAACGCCUCGCUGUUGUUUUAAACGCGUGUACAGACAGGAAGUGAGACCUUUAUUGUGAAAGGGAGGAGCGUGUAUAUGUUGUGUAAAAUAGUUUAAAGCGGAGGAGUUUAUGUAUAUCGCUGCGAGAGAGAAACUGGAUUUUCUGUUACUUUUUUUAAUACCAUUAACGGCACAUAUUUGUUUUUUUGAUCAUUAUUUUUGUGCAAUAUAAAAGAAAAGAGGAAAAAAAUGAAAGGGCCGUCCCGAGUUUUUCUUUGCAGCAGGAAGGAAACGGCGUAACUUUCCUUCACGAUGAAGUCUGUUUGUUGACGACUGAAUAAAUCAGCUGGAACUGAGCGAGUUUAUUCAUCUCUGAUUGGACGUCACGCGGCGCCUUAAAGGGCCAGAUGGGUGUUUAUUUUGUUUUUAUCUCCAAUAUUAACACUCACAACUUCUCAGAGCGUUUAAUCACAUCGUACAAUCCUCCUCAGCACGUGGAAAUAUACGUGAAUAUUUUGUAUUUUUUCCAGCUUUUUGAAGGAUUCUCAAAAUCAAAACUACAUAUUUUCAAAAACUGAGAAUCCACAAGGAUGAAAGUGUGUGGAAAAUCAGGGAAAUGUGUACGAUAAUCGCCAAAAACACCCAAAAAAUAAAAGAAAAGCUAAAAAGUCAAUGAAACUUGUCAAAAAAAUUUAAA